UUGUAAAACUAAAAUUUACAACACGAUUUCAAAUUGUUACGGCUGAUUUUGGUAAAUCAGAGUAACCUUUAGAUAUUAAUAAAUGUCUUAAAUCAUUAGAAGUAAUAAAAACAAUAAAUGGUAAACCAUCCAAAGCUAUCAUUCGAGCCAAAACAUGAUCCAGUGUAUCACUCUUAAUAAAAUAAUCGACUAACUUUCGUUUAGCUGGUCGCGGUGACGAAUUUUCUUAUAUCGGUUCUCUAUGGGCAGGCCCAGUUAAUGAACAGUUGCCUUCAGAUACAACUUUAAAAUUAUGUUUUGAUAACAAAUGCGUGUGUAAACCUUUUGUUGAUCCACCCAACGUUUUUAAUACGGCUAAACAUCGUUUACAUUGCGCACUUUUUCCAUCGUUGGCGAUCAGGAAAUGAUUCCACGCUGACGAGGUAUCUGUAUCUUUUUUAUGUUUAGUAAAAACACUAAUACUCGACAUUUUAUAAUAAAAGUAUUAACACAGUAAAAUAAAAAAACCCGUGACCGUAUCGCUACGCGUUGUAUGAAACAGCGAACAGCUACUAAUUUGUUCAUACGUAUACCGAUCGGUCGUAAACUCGUAAUAAUCAUAUAAGUAUAAUCUCAUAAUACAAUUUUAUCUUAUCUUACAAAUACUUUGAUUUUAUAAAUCGAGUCACCAUUACAUAGUCCCGGGAAUCCCGGUAUUAAUUAUACUGGUCCCGGUAUUUUCGGUACCAAAAAGUAGUCGGGAUCCCGGGAUCCCGGGAUCUGGUAUCCCGGGAUUGUAAUCUCUACUUGCGACGCAUCAUCAUUGUACAAAGUUUUUUUGGUGUCGAAUUAUAAUUAUUAAAAUUUAAAAAUAUGAGAGACGAUCCCGAUUUUAAUAUACGUUUUGUCAGUAUUAUUGAAAAUAAUCUAAUGCUUUACGACCAUACUAUCUCAGAUUAUUGCAAUAAAUACGCUGUUGAUAGAACCUGGGAAAACGUUGCAAAACAGCUAUCUGAAUCUGAUAAUGUUGGAUUUGUUAUUAAACCUUUAUCUGGCAUUCAUACUAAAAAUGAAUGUUUUGUUGAAUCAGAAGAAACAAUUUUCACAAACUUAGAACCUGUACCACUGUCAACAUAUGGCUAUGGGGAUUUAAGUUUUACUUUUGAUUCAACACCUAUUGUAUGUCCUUCAACAUCAAAGUCUAACCCUGAAGUACAAGUAUGAGUUAUGAAGAACUAAAUUAUUCAAAUUUGGAAAAUGUUUUACUAACUGAAAAACAUUCAGCUGAACCAUUGCCUAGUACAUCUAGUGUUUGAGAAGUAAAUUCGCUAACAUUAAACACCAGAUAGUACCAGGAUUAAAGUUUUCAAAUGAUACCAAAGAUACAACAUUUUUAGAUCAGU